AUGGAUUUCUAUGGUAUCACUCGUGGUACAAUUCGUGGUGAAGCCCUCAAGAAGUUAGCUGAACUCACGGUUGAACACGUUCCGUCCAAUUUGAAAGAGAUAAACACUGGUAUUCAAAAAGAUGAUUUCGCUAAAUUAUUAACAUCAACUCCCAAAGAUUUACCAUUACGCAAAUCCAUUGGUAGUAUUAAUGAUCAAAAGAUGUCCAAUGUUGCUAUUGCACCUAAAGAAUAUGAAACUCUUGUUGCCUUAUGUGAUGCUACUGAUAAACCAAUUAAAUUGACAAGUCAAGUCAAGACCUUGAUCGAUAAGUUCAAAGUAUAUUUGUUUGAGUUACCUGACCAACAAUUUGCUUAUAGUAUCGUCGCCAAAUCUGUUGCUAUUGCUCCUUGGACUUUACUUGGUGAAAAAUUGACAAUUGCAUUGAUCAAUUUGGCUUAUCAAGCAAACAAACAUUAUUUUGAUGAAGUUGUUGAAAUUUUCCACCAGUUUAUUGAAAAAUUUUUUGAUAAUGUUGAAUUACACUUAUCCAAUUUCUUGACAUUGACAGGUGUCAUUGAUGGAUUAAACCAAAAUGCUCAGUUUUUGACAUAUUCAUCAAGGACUUUUCGUAUUUUCACCAAUUUGGAUUCUGCUAUCGAUAACUCUGAAAUUUUGGGUGCUAUUGAAGAUUAUUCAGAUUAUCUCUAUGAUGAUCCAAACCCAUAUCAAGAAUUGUUGGAACGUGAUUUCUGUCUUAAUUUUUCACCCAUACUUUAUCUUGAAAAAUUAUCAAGAUUGAUGUGUUCGAUACUUUUGGAAAUUGUCAGCUCCAAAUCACAAUCUUUGUUGCCUUAUUUGUUGGCCCAAGCUGCAAAGAAAUAUGAUGAAGAUGAAUCCAAUGGUGGAGCCAUUGGUCAUGGUAAAGAUCAAUUGUCCUUUCCAAGAGCUCAAAUGGAAAUCAUAAAAAUUUUAAGUGAUUUGGCAUUAAGGAAGUUGGAGUUUUUGGAUAGAGGUGAAACUUAUAUCGUGUACUCUACCAAUAACCGUUUGAAAUUGGGAUAUUUAGCUAAAAGUUUCAACUUGCAAGUUUUGAGUUGUGGAACGUUUACUGAUAAUUUAGACCUUAUUACUUCGAAAGAAUUGUUUAAAGCCAAUAUUGAGAUCAAAGAUGCCAUGUUAGAUCCUGACUUGGGGUUGACUAUUUUCCAAUUUGGAUCGUUGUUAGUUUUCAAAGAUGAACUGAUUGGUCCUUUAUUAACAAGAGUGUUCACUUCAGUUAUCGCUAAUCCAAGAUUAGAACAACAGUAUUGUUUGGAAGCCUCAAAAUGUGUCGGAUUGGGAAGUAAGAGAUUACCCCAGGAUGCAGUUGUCACCACAAUCUAUUCGUUAACGAAUUUGUUAUUUGUCACUAAUGAAGGGUUACAAGGACCAUCUAAGAGUGCCAGAAGAGCCGCCAGAAACUAUACUGGUGGUACUGAUAAUGCGUCAUCCAGGGAGUUUGUUUCCUCACCAUUGUCUUCAAGAAGAACUUCAAUGACAUCUUUUUCACAAUUGUUCAGUAAGGGUAGCAUAUCUGGAGAAUAUGAUGAAAAUGAUUACCAAAAAGUGUGUGAAAAUGCCGUCACCGCCAUUAUUGAAGUUUCAGAAGCAUGUGAUGAUGAAUCGAUUCCUGCAUUGGCAUGUACUAUCUUGUCACAAAAAGUGACCAAGGUUGAAUCACCGAUUGGAUCUUUAAUUCUAAAAGGUUUGUGUUCAUGUGCUCCUUAUGUUCCUGAACGUGAAUUUAUCAUUUUGAUUAGAUUAUUGAAUAAGUUAACUGUUGAUUCAUUUGAAAGGAAAAAUGUGACCUUGUUAGGCCAUUUGAAUGAUUCGAGAUUGAUUUUGUCAUCAAAAUUGAAACCAGAUAAUCAUUUGUAUUUUGUCUAUUUGCAUGAAUUGUUGCAAUCGAUAAUCAGUAAAGGCGAUGUUCAACAAUUGGAACAUCAUAGAUCCCACAAUGAAAUCAGUGAAGUUGGUGAUCAAAUUGCAAUUUAUUUGAAACCAUUGGCUGAAUUGUUACCUGAUGUUCAUUUAGGUCAAGAACCUUUGAAAAUUGAAAAGACCGAAACCAUCAAUUUAUUCAGAAACGUGUGGUUUAAUAUGGUCGUUCAUGGUUACACUUUAAAUUCCAAAAAUACCAAGGUUUUUAAGAAUGAAUUGGAAAGAAUUGCCUACAACUCGCCACCCUUGAUUUCGGAAAGAUCAUGGGAUAGAACUGAAACUUCGAUCGAGUUAAACACUGUAUUGAGACGUGGUUCAUCAAAUCAUAAUAUUAAAGACCACAAAACCUUCUUGGGUGAUAUUUUUGAAAUUCAUCGUACAAUGUCAUAUCCCAAAUUGAUGUUUUUGUCAGCUGCUGUUCUUUGUGAAAGUUUGCGUGUUCGUACUGGUGAUUGUUCCAAGAUUUUGUAUUACUUCACCGAUCCAACAAGUAAAAUCUCAGGUGUUGAUAAAUAUUUGGGUCCAAUUUCCUUUAAAAUUGUUCGUGAUUAUAUUGGUUUGAUUAAUACUGGGGCUAAUAAGCAAUUCACUGCUGAUCAUAUUGCUAACCAAUUGACAACUAUGUUGACAUUAUCAACCCAUCCGGUUACUGAAAUGCAAGAUGCGUCUAUUCAAUGUUGUGACUUAUUGAUUAAUAAAGUGUCAGCAUCAUUGUGCCAUAAAAAAUCCUUGUUUGCUUUAUUUGACAUUUUGACAUUGUUAUUUCAAAGUAUUGCCGAUGCUGAUAUUCAUGAAUAUGAUCCAACUACUUCCUUCAGAGCAAGAUGUACUGGAAUCAAAAUUACUAUGUCUGAUGAUUACGAUUGGAGAUGUUCUACAUUCAAUCGAUUCCAUGAAAAAGCCAAGAGUUGGGUUGAAUUGUUAUUAUACAAGAGUAACAUUGAUGUGAAGAGUUUGAUUCAAUCGUAUGUUGCUGCCAAUGAAGAAUUGCAAUAUGAAGCUCCAAUUCAAUUUGGUCUUUCAUUUGCGUUGAAGAUGUCGGGAACUAUUUCAUCGCAUGAUCGUGAUUUACAAGCAAUUACUUAUGCCAACAUAUCUGCUUUAGAUACUACACCUUCAAUUGUAUCACAAUUGAAUUGGAGGUCAAACUUUGUUUCUCAAGUUAUGAAUAAAUUACCAUUGAGAACUGAUGAGGAAUCUGAUUUCGCAUUUAAAGCUAUUAGGGAGAAGGUUUAUAAUAUCAAGCUGAGAUUAUUUGAUCAAUUCAAUGAAAACCCAUCUGAUGAUGAGAUUAUGAGUUUGUUGACGGAAAUUGCAGGACUAACUUUGUUAUCUGAUAGCAACAAUGCUGAAUUGGUUAGAUAUAUGGUUGAAAUACCAUUCUUAUUGUUUGAACCACUGGUGAUGAUUCCAGCUAGUGGCGUUUGGUUUGCUGUUAUGAAGGAUAAGCCGAAGUUGAGUAUGUUGUUGCUUAGUGAGUUGGCACAGAAAUGGGAAGAAUCAAUCGAGUUAAGGAAAGGCUUAUUUUCACAAGAAUUCGACAUUGUCCAUCCCGAAUUUGAUAAAAUGGAAUACGCACCAAGUAAUCGUUCAAUCGAUUUGAAAUUGGCCGACAAGGCACAAAGAAGUUUUGAACCUCAUUUAGAAUUGGUUCGAUUGUUUUCUAGUAAUUUCGAAGCUACGUUGAAUCAAAGUGAUCAUUUAUUGAAGUUGUUUACUCGAUUCGUUGAGGUUGGAUUGAAAAACUUGAAAUUUGCUAGUUAUCAUCCACUUUCGAGGUUGGUUAGAUUUGAAUUGAUUAAAUUUUCAUUUGAGGUGUUGCAGGUUCAUUUGAAGUUAGGAUCAAGAAUUUGUAAAUAUUUGACGGAGUUGAUUUUUGAUGGAGCCUUGACUUGGUUUAGACAAAGAUUUAUUUACCCAUUUGGUGCCAAUAAGUUGAAAUUCAAGAGUGAAGCAAUUGUAAUGAAUGAAGUUGCAAGAAUGGCUGGUGCGGUAUCAAUUUUCCGUCUGAAGGAUAUUGAAAUGAAGCGUACAAUAUUUUUGCAAUUUCUCGAUGAUGAAGUGUAUAAGUUUAAUGUUUGGCUGACUUCUUUGAAUCCAACUGAUACUUCAGGUUCAAUUAUUGGUUCAUCUCAUCAAGUAUCAAGUAGCCACGUUACUCGUGCUUAUGAAAUUGAUCCAAUUUUGGCAAUCAAUUUGGCCAUGAGGUACCAAAGCAAGAGUCAUGAUGAUUUGAUUCAACAGUUGAUUAUCAAGAACCCACUUCCAGCAGUUACAUAUCCUGAUGCUGUGCAGUUCUUUAUCGGUAUCAAUCUUGGUACUCAUAUGCCUUCGCAUCAAUUGUUGUUUUGGUCGCCAGUAUCUCCAAUCGACGCCAUUACAUUGUUUUUACCUCCAUUUGGUGCCAACCCUUAUAUUUUGCAAUACACUAUGAGGUCGUUGGAAACGCAUGAUGUUAAUUUGACAUUCUUUUAUGUCCCACAAAUUGUCCAAUCAUUACGUCAUGAUGCAAAGGGGUAUGUUGAACGUUUUAUCAUUGAAACUGCCAAAGUAUCACAAUUGUUUGCCCAUCAAAUUAUCUGGAAUAUGUUGGCAAAUAGCUACAAGGAUGAUGAUUCUACUGAACCAGAUGACUUGAAGCCCGUCUUGGACCGAAUUCAAGAAGAAAUGUUGAAAGAAUUGAGUAAUGAAGAUUUACAAUUUUAUCACAAAGAAUUUGGAUUUUUCAAUGAAGUCACUGAUAUUUCGGGUAAAUUGAAACCAUACAUUAAGAAAUCUAAAGCAGAAAAGAAAGCCAAGAUUGAUGAAGAAAUGGCAUUGAUUAAAGUAGAACCUGGGGUGUACUUGCCAUCAAAUCCAGACGGUGUUCUUGUUGAUAUUAAUCGUAAAUCGGGUAAACCAUUACAAUCUCAUGCCAAAGCUCCAUUCAUGGCUACUUUUAAGAUCAAGAAGGAAUUGACUGAUUAUGACGAACACGGUAAACCACAACAGGUUGAAAUUGAAAAAUGGCAAAGUGCUAUUUUCAAAGUUGGUGAUGAUUGUCGUCAGGAUGUGUUGGCCUUGCAAUUGAUUUCUAUUUUCAGAACUAUUUGGAGUGAUGCCGGUUUGGAUCUUUAUGUGUAUCCUUAUAGAGUUACGGCAACUGCUCCAGGAUGUGGUGUGAUUGAUGUAUUGCCAAAUGCUACCUCAAGAGAUAUGUUGGGUAGAGAAGCCGUUAAUGGAUUAUUUGAAUACUAUAUCACCAAGUUUGGACCACAAAAAUCCAUUGAAUUCCAACGAGCAAGAAACAACUUGGUUAAAUCAUUGGCGGCAUAUUCAAUCAUUUCGUAUUUGUUACAAUUCAAAGAUAGACACAAUGGUAAUAUCAUGUAUGAUGACCAAGGGCAUAUUUUACAUAUUGAUUUCGGUUUCUGUUUUGAUAUUGUUCCAGGAGGAGUUAAGUUUGAAGCAGCACCAUUCAAAUUGACUCAUGAAAUGGUCAUGGUAUUAGGUGGAAGCGAUGAUACGCAAGCUUUCAAAUGGUUUGAAGAAUUAUGUAUCAAGGGGUAUUUGGCAUGUCGUCCGUAUAUGGAAUUAAUUGUGAGAACUGUGGUACCAAUGUUGGAAUCUGGAUUACCCUGUUUUAAAGACACCACGAUUAAGAAUUUACGCCUGAGGUUUGUUCCUGGUAAAACUGAUAAAGAGGCAGCAGCAUAUUUUAGGAAAUUGAUUAAGAAGUCAAUGGAGAGUUUCUAUACUAGAGGAUAUGAUGAGUUUCAAAGGAUUACCAACGGUAUUCCAUACUAG